AUGGGCGGAGAAAGGACAGUGUGCGUGACAGGUGCAUCAGGGUACAUAGGUUCCUUUCUUGUCAAGAGACUUCUGGAAAGAAGAUAUCAUGUUCGAGCUACUGUUCGUGAUCCUGGCAACCAAAAGAAAGUGAAGCAUCUCCUGGAGCUUGCUAACGCAAGUACACAUUUGAGCUUGUGGAAAGCCGAGUUGGCUGAGGAAGGUGGCUAUGAUGAUGCGAUUCAGGGUUGCCAAGGUGUCUUUCAUGUUGCCGCCCCUGUGGAACUUAUUAACCACCGCCAAGAUGGGGAAGAAGAGAUAGAUUCAACAACAUUGAAUGGAAUACUGAGCAUUAUGAGAUCAUGCUCCAAGGCCAAAACUGUGAAGAGGUUCGUUUACACCUCAACUACAGGAACGAUUACCGUGCAGCCUCAACCCCCAUUUAAUGAAUUCACCGAGGAUCUUUGGUCUGAUAUUGACUUAUGCUACCAGCACAAGAUGUACGGCUGGAUGUAUGUGGUAGCGAAAACUAUUGCAGAGAAAGCUGCAUGGAAAUACGCUGAAGAGAAUGGAAUUGAUAUGGUCACUGUCCAUCCUUCCUUUGUACUUGGUCGCCCUUUCAUAACUCCUUAUACUAACAUAAGUAUUGACGCUGCAAUUUCCUUAUAUACUAAAGAUGAAGCAGGCAUUGCUUCGCUGAAGAAGCUGAAUGGAUUUUCUGCGGUGCAUGUGGAUGAUGUCUGCAAUGCCCAUAUUUACCUCUUCGAGCAUCCUCGCAAGGGAAGAUACAUUUGCUCCUCUCAUGCUGUUAACAUAUUUGAAAUUGCGCAUUCACUUGGCCUCAAGUACCCAGACAGGAAUAUACGAACUCAAUUUGAGGGAUUGGACGAGGCACAAACAAUCAUACCCUGUUCGUCAAAGAAGCUGAGGGACCUUGGUUUUGAGUUUGCACAACAACAAAGAUACUAG